AUGGAUCCAACUAGCCAAACGAAAAUGACGCAAAGCAAAGGGAAAGAAAAAGAAACACAAAUUGUCCAAAAAGAGGCAGAUAAUAAUUCAGGGCCUAGCAGUGACAAAGGAAAAGGGAAAGAGAUAGGGCAGCACUCUAAAUCGAGCUUGAAAAAAUACGCAAAUCAACCUUUACAGGACAAGGAGUCCGAUCUAGAUACGGAAAACGAGAGUGACGUAGAGGCGGGAACAUGGAAAGGAACUGGGGAUACUACAGAAGAGUUUGCUCCUGAAAGUGAACAACAGACAGAGGGCUAUGUACAGCCUGACCUUUUCAAGGGGCAACUCGCUAGCGCUGAGCAGCGCAAUAAUCGUCAGCCAAAUAUCAGACUAGAGAGAAUUAAAAAGCACUAG